AUGAAGCGACAGACCUCAAUCGCCCACCUACUCUACAACUACUUGUAUCCGCAUCCCAAUCAAAACGACCCGCCAUCCUUCAGCGCACAUCUCGCCCGAAAUCUGGUGCCGGAAGUCCGAAUAGAAGUGGCUACCUUCUAUGGUGAUCUCAACUCGGCCGAAGCUCGCUACCCAGGCCUCAACUACUGCUAUCCACCCCAUCGCAUGAGACUGGGUCGUUUCAAGCAUCACAAGCGCCUCUUUGAUGCCUUUGACAAUCUUGGCCUUACGUACAACGAAAUCCAGGACUUUUGCUGCUGGGAAGGUACCAAGUGGGCGAGGGAGCGCUAUGAGAAAGAUGAAGGCGUGAAGGUGAUAGACACGACUGGAGAUGAGAUUGGUCCAUUCGUGGACCGCAGAGAGCGCGUCGCAGAAGACCUGAGGAGGCAUAGCAUCACAAGAAAGACGGAUAUUUCGGUCAUCGUCGAGGAGGCACACACCAGCCAUUCUCGGCAACCUCCGAUCGAGGAGGAUGACGAGGAAAUGGAUGAUCAAUCAAUUCAUCAAAGAAUCAACCAACACAUCAUCCGAGCUUGGGAGCAAGGCCAGACGCUGCCUGCGGAAAUCGAGCAGUACCUGAAGGAUCAGGCAGAGCGCGGCAACUCCGACCUGACACGU